GAUCCCCACCCAGUGAUCCCCACUCACUCCAAAUCCCCUGCCACCACCCCUCAAGCCCCUACCACCGCCAGCCUCUUCCUCCCCAGCCCUGAUUCUGAAAUCUCUGUCCCUGUGAGAAUCCGGCUCUUCACGCAAGCCAUUUUCUAACUUUGUCCCGAAUAGAAAAAAGGAGAAAACAACGCGAAAGUGGAGAUAGGAGCAAACCGGAUAAGUGUUCUAUUGCCCCGAUUGUUGGCCCGCGGCGGGGUGCAAAAAGGGCAGGCCGAAAAAAGACCAUAAGAUGUGGAUCUGGUACAUCUUGCUUAGUUCGGGGACGGGCUCAAGCUCGGUUGAGAGCCAGCUCCUUCCGGGGAACAACUUCACCACAGAGUGUAACAUCCCAGGGAACUUCAUGUGUGGGGACGGGAAGUGUGUCCCAGGCGGGUGGCAGUGUGACGGACUGCCCGACUGCUUCGACAAGAGCGACGAGAAAGGCUGCCCCAAGAUAAAGUCCAAGUGUGCCCCGACGUUUUUCGCCUGUGCCAACGGGAUCCACUGUAUCAUCGGGCGCUUCCGUUGUAACGGCUUCAGUGACUGUCCUGACGGGAGCGACGAGGAGAACUGCAGUAACCCGCUGGUGUGCUUGGAGGCUCGCUUCAAGUGUCGUAACGGGCGCUGUGUGGACCGCAGCUUCCUGUGUAAUGGACAAGACAACUGUCAGGACAACAGCGACGAGGAACACUGCCUCACCACCGCAGAGGCUCCAGGUCAGGACUUUGUAACCCUGGACUACCGGCUGCGGUACUACCCCAGCAUCACCUACGCGGUCAUCGGCAGCGCUGUCAUCUUCGUCCUGGUGGUGGCGCUGUUGGCCUUGGUCCUGCACCAUCAGAGGAAGCGCAGCGUGCUGCUGCCCCGUGGGGUCCGGGGGUCCUCCCACCACCACCACCACCACCAGCCCCUGCUGCUGUCCCGCCUGGUCAUCCUAGACCGGGGACAUGUCCACCCGGCUGGCCCUGGCCUCUCCCCCACCUCCCCGUCUGCUGCGGCCCAGUACGCUGCAGGUCCCCCAGGGCUACAGCUGCUGUCUGGGGCCCUCUACCCAGCUGGCAUGCCCAUGGACUCACCACCUUCCUACUCCCAGGCUGUACUGGAUGUCAGCCGGCCUCCUUGGUUCGACCUCCCCCCGCCUCCCUACCUCCCAGACGGGGAGGAGCUGCCGUCAGAAGGUGAGCUGCCCCAGUACGAAGCCACCACAGUGCCCUCCACUCAGCCAAAUGCAUGCCCAUCUGAGACCCCUACACCCAGAACUGUGGCCCCAGGCUUGUCCCGGCCUAGCCUCAGCUCCAGAGAGGAGUCGGACCAGCUGUAGUCCUCUGGUUACUGCAUCUACGUAGGACUAGUACCCAGCCUCAGCGCUGUGGAUGGCUGAAGAGAGAAGAGCUGUGCGAUAUGUUAAGGCCCAAAGCACUGUCCUGCCUGCUGUGGGAAUGAGAGACAAGGCGCUAUUCUACCUAUAGCUACAACUGACUGACUGACUGACUGACUGACUGACUGAGGCACUUGGAAUCAUUGCUCUUGUACGCUGGCGCCCUCUACUGGAAAUGUAUCUACAUAUCCCUGACUGGGCUUACUACUCAUUCAAUCAAUCAUCAGUCAAUUGCAUUUAAUCUGUGGCUAUAUAGCGCUUUUUACAAAUUAAUUUCUCACAGUCUGCUUAACAGAAACCAGAGCCUAAGCUUCUAAAGACUGAGAAAAACUCCCACAGCCUCCCAACACUAUUCAUCUCCUGUUGGACUGGUGAAGACCAGUUGGGUGGUUGGGCGAAGAUCCUUUAGCUUGGAUUAAGUUGACUGGAUAGAUGGUCAACCUGUGUAGUACAGUCAUGCAUUAACAAUGAAGUAGGAGUCGCACUAACUAACAGUAUUUGUGGUACUCAUAAUGGGUCAAAUGUCACAUGGUGUUACAGUGGCAGAUGUAUAUGUUGUUUAAGAAUCGUGAAAAAUGCACAGUGUCAUAUCUGUAAUGUUACGGUUUAGCACAUUAGGACGACCAGCUAGCCACAGAAGCUCUUGGGUCGUGGACAUACUGCACUUCCCUCCCAUCCAUAUUGCAUGAUGCUGGUUCUCUUCAAUCUCUAUUCUCAUUGGCCAUCUCUUUCGUUUCAUAGGAAUAACUGGAAUCAUAUUGCUCUGUUAUAGAGCACUUAUCGGGGUUGUUGAGUAUGCACGUAACUUAUGUUUUGGCAGGAACUCAAAUGGAAGUAUUAUUUAAGGAAGAGAACAUGUGGAUGAAAAUACUCUUACUGAGUAAGGUCCCAAAGUAAGGUUGUUCUGUUUUGGUAUCUGUGCCUUUUCAAAUCACUAAAAUAUACGUUUAACAACUGUAUGUCUACUGUCCCACUCAGAUUCUAGUUUGACAGCAGUUCAUUGAGAUCUUGUUCUACUGCCCAUGAUGACAGUGCAAAUUGCUUUGUUUUGAUAUAUCUCCUCAGACACUGGCAGAGAGGAGCAGAAUGUUCAGACUGCACUUCAUGUCUGACUAGUGUUUUUAUGUUGAUUAACAUUACACUCUGCUACCUGAGAGCACAGGACAAACAUUUUGUCAGGGAAGAGAUAAAAACAAUUAAGGAGUUGUUUGCAUUAGUGCAUAAAGAGGAAGAGGAAGUAGAAAUGAUGUGGACUGGAGCAGAGACCAUUCCACUUGGUGCCUUGGAACACAAGCGUGCACAUAGAAAUAAGCAUUUAGGAUUAUCCUCAAGUAAAAACAAAUCUCAAUUGCAUUCAAGCAUUUUUAUUGAACAAGGUAUAUUUUCAAAACGAGCCUCACAACACACAGAACUAUGUGGCUGCUUGCAAAACAGUAAAUGCAUGAAUACAUUCAGCAAGGCUAAAUGAGACCGAAAUUGCAAAUUCAUCAAAAGAAGACGACUUACUGCAAAAACAUCCAGACAAACAUACAGUGCAUCGGGGUAUUGUGUGUAGGUUUAUGAGGGGAAAAUAUAAUUUCAUCCAUUUUAGAAUAAGGCUGUAACAUAACAAAAUGUGGAAAAAGUCAAGGGGUCUGAAUACUUUCCCGAAUGCACUGUAUAUAUAGCUGACAAAACAGAAAGUGAUUCUGUCUUUUAAAAAUACCAGUUGGUCAAUAGGUUUUCUUUGCAGUCACUACUACAUCAUGAUGAUUGAAACAACUAUCAAAUGGUGCAGAAUUAUGGAGAAUCUCUCUCCUUUUUUUGCAUACUUUACCAAACAAUUUCAUACAUAUCAAAUCAAGUAUUAUUCAUGAAAAACAAAGCACAUUGUUUGCAGAAUUCAUUCACUGGUAUCAUCACAAUCCAAUUCCAUGUAUUCAAUACAUACGCUGUUCUGCUCAUAGGUUUGUAGACUUUCCAUUGGCAAGCAGAAACACAAUCCCCAAUAGAUCUAAGGACAGCUGAAUACAGUGGGGGAACGCUGAAUUUAUAGGUGUCAACCCUCACCAAACCAAAGGUGUGGAAUAUUGGAGAUGACUUGUCUUAUGAGUACUUAGAUGGAACUGAACUUCAUUUUCUGCAUCUCUGCAUGUUGUAAACAAUCAUACAUCUUAGGCUGUCCGCAUUGCGUAGAUCUUUCCCUAUAUUGUACCGGAUUUACUAUAAAUACUAUUUUGUGCAGUAGUAUUAACUGAUUCCCAGAAACAGGGAACACAUUGCAACCUGUUCUCUUCUGAUGAAAACAAUGUGUUGACAUUUAACAGCAACACAACAAAUGUUAUGACAGUUGUACAAAGGUACAAAAACAAGAAAAUGAUCCGACAAUCUACAAAUGUAUUUAAGCAUUUGAUCAUUGUUGUUUUGCUAUACGGACAUUUAACCACAGUUCCAAAAAAAUGCUUGAUUGAGAAAAACUAUAAGACCAUUAUUCAACCCAGUAGAAAAGUAUUUGCUCAAUUGACUCUCAUAUAGUCACUGACAAAAAUGACCAGACUUUUUCUCCUUGGUUCCAUAAUGAUGUGUUACUGACUGCACCAUCUACCAGCAUGUAUUUCCGGACAGACUGAAAUGAAUCAUCACAGAUGUGGUUGGUCAUGCAUGCAGUGUUAUCACACACUAAAUACUAUUAAAGUGUAUUUCAAUAUAUGUCAAUCAGAAGAAACAAAUGUUGCUCUACAAAUUGCAUUUUGAUAGAUUACGGAUAUACUUUUUUGACUCCACACGUAACAUUGUAACCUCUUGUAGUACUUCAACAGAACUGUAUCAGCUCAGUAUCCUUACUGGGUUGUUGAGGCAGACAUGUGGGUGGCAGGUAACCUAGCGGUUAACAGCACUGGGCCAGUAACAGAAAGUUCACUGGUUUGAAUCCCGAGCCGACUGGGUGAAACAAGCAUUUAAACCUAAUUUCUCCUUUAAGUCGCUCUGGAUAAGAGCAUCUGAGAAAUCACAGAAAAUAAUUUUAAGUAAGACAAGCAUUUUGUAUGGAGCAGUGAAAGUUUAAUUCCGUUUGGGACUGUUUUACCUAUAGUAACUUGGUUAAAAUGUCUCGUUUAUUGUAUUUCUUGGAUUCAUACUCAAUCACAUACUCAUAGGAUCCCAACUGUAUCAAAUGCUGUUUCUGCCCUUCCUAUUAUACAGACUAUUUUCUGAAUUUGUACCAUAGCUGUUUGACCAAUUGAAUUGACGCCAAAUAAUGUUUGGAUAAAGAAGAAAAAUACUCAAUCUUUUUCUUAUAAGUGUCCCAAUUCAUUGUUUAGAAAUAUGUAAGUCUCAGCUGUACAGAUGAUGUGAGAGAGAGAAGACUGCCAUUGUCUGCCUGCCUGCCUGCCUGCCUGCCUGCCUGCCUGCCUGCCUGCCUGCCUGCCUGUCUGCCUGCCUGCCUGCCUGCCUGCCUGCCUGCCUGCCUGCCUGCCUGCCUGCCUGCCUGCCUGUCUGUCUGUCUGUCUGUCUGUCUGUCUGUCUCUCUGCCUGUCUGUCUCUCUGCCUGCCUGCCUGCCUGCCUGCCUGCCUGCCUGUCUGCCUGCCUGCCUGCCUGUCUGUCUGUCUGUCUGUCUGUCUGUCUGUCUGUCUGUCUCUCUGCCUGUCUGUCUCUCUGCCUGUCUGCCUGUCUGCCUGUCUGCCUGUCUCUCUGCCUGUCUGUCUGCACCGCCCAGCCCACUGUGCAAUAACUAUAAUGAUUAAUUGACUGACUGGUAAAGUUCCUAUCUGAAGGAUCUGUAAUGUAUUGUUGUUGUCGUGUCAUUUCCAUUUCAGAACUUGUCAAGGGUUUCAUGUGACUGUGUACAUAUACGGUGAGUGAGAGAGUAGAGACAUUUAUUUAAAACAAAAUCAUAUUUAGAUUUUUAACUAAGAAAAUAAUGUUUCAUUAUCAAACAUAUUACUUUGAAAUGUUUUGUUGUGUUGGUCUCUGUACUUUGGAUUUGAAAUUAUUCAACUGUCAGCUUUAAUUUGAGGGUAUUUUCAUCCAUAUCAGGUGAACCGUUUAGAAAUUGCAACACUUUUUGUACAUAGUCCCCCCUUCCAUUUUAGAGGACCAAAAGUAUUGGGACAAAUUCACUUAUGUGUUUAAAGUAGUAAACAUAUAAGUAUUUGGUCCCAUAUUCAUAGCUCUCAAUUACUAAAUCAAGCUUGUGACUACAAAUUUGUUGAAUGCAUUUGCUGUUUUGCUUUGGUUGUGUUUCAGAUGAUUUUGUGCCCAAUAUAAACAUUGUAGUGUCAUUUUGGAGUCACUUUUAUUGUAAAUAAGGAUAACAUGUUUCUAAACACCUCUACAUUAAUGUGGACAUUACCAUGAUUACAGAAAAUCCUGAAUGAAUUGUGAGUGAGAAAGUUAGACGCAAAAAUAUCAUACCCCCAAGACAUGCUAACCUCUCACCAUUACAAUAACAGGGGAGGUUAGCAUUUUUUUUGUUUUUGUGGUGUAUGAUAUUUGUGUGUCUAACUUUCUCACUUUCUGCACUUUAAACCUCAUAGUCAUUGUAUUAUUUCAUAUCCAAAGUGCUGGGAUACAUAGUCAAAACAACAAAACAUGUGUCACUGUCCCAAUACAGCUCACUGUAUAUCCCCAGCAGUCAUUUGGCUGGUGGUGUUGAACAACCUAUAAACCAAAGAUUAUCAUUCAUUAUAAUUGUAAAAUCCAGAAGAUGAGGCUUACUCUCCAAAGUCACGUCCCCAGUAGUGUUGUGUCUUGUUUUGUGUCAGAUACCUAACUGACUAGAGGCAGGGGAGUAGUGUUACUCAGAGACUCAGGACAAUCUGGGUUGUAUUCACUAGGAGCCAAGAGAAGCAAGUGGGCUGAAAUGCUGAGGAACUAACUGAAAUUGUCCAGUAAGAAACACUUGAUUUAGUUUCCGUUGCAAAACGUCUUGCUAAGGUGUGCAUUAAUGAAUGCAACCCUGGUCUGUAGCUUUUCUGUUACAAUGGUCUGAUAGUCUUUCCACAUGUCACUAUGCUUUCGUUUCCGAUAUAGAGGGAUGACUGAUUUGUUGUUCCAUUCUGUUGGAGAUGACUUGUCUCAUGAGUGUUUCAUGUUGUUUGUAUCUUUUACACACCACCUUUUUGUUUCCGUUGCUUUUCUGUCUGAUCAAAUAUAUUCUGUACAUUAAAAGUAAUAUAAAAUG